AAAAGAUAAUAUAUAUAUCAACAUUUUUGAUGAAAUGAUGACUGAAAAACAUGAGGAUCACUGUCUCAAGAGCUGUAGUGGUCACUCAUAUAUAAGAAAGGAUUGGCUUGGAUCCAUUGUCUUCCCUUUUUCUGCUCUUCUGCAACAAUCUGAGAUUAGUGGAACAUUUCAAGUAACUAUUCCACCAGUUUUGCUUGGGUAUACUUGGAGUAAUACUUAUGUAUUUCCUAAAGAAGAUUCCAAUGAGAAGAAUUUAAAAGAAUGUACAUUCUUAAAUAUUUUUGCUACCAUUGAACCUCAAAUAUCAUAUGUCACCUGUAAUCCAACACUAGAUAAGUUUUUAGGUCAAACAGACGUCUUGCAGAGAGCACAGAUUUUUAAAAAGAAUUGUAAGGCAAUGUUUCCCAACCGAAGAAUCAUAACUACUGUUUUUAAUGAUGAAGGGAUACAGUUCUUAGUCACGAGAUAUAUCAAGGCAUUAAAUCCACCUCAGCAACUUCUGGAUAUAUUUCUUCACAAUUCUAAUGCAACAUUUGACCUCAUUGCUCGAUUUGUAUCUUUGAUUCCUUUUAUGCCUAAUACACCGGAUGAAAAUGAUGGUUCAGAUAUAUGGAUGACAUCAGAGCGCUGCAUCAGUUUGGCUAUUGGAAACAAGGAGGAGCAUGCCAUCCUUCUCUGUAAUUUCUUUCUGUAUUUUGGAAAGAAGGCACUGGUCCUCUUGGGAACCUCAGCGUUAGAAGGGCAUGUGGCUUAUGUAGUAACUCAAGAAACUAAUGAAUAUUUGCUUUGGAAUCCAUCAACUGGCCAAUGUUAUAAGCAGUUUGACCCGUUUUGUCCCUUAAAAAGUGUAGAUUGUUUGUUUGAUGAUAGAAAUGUCUGGUUUAAUAUUCAACAAAAUAAUACACCAAUGGCUGUAUUUUUUGACUAUUCAAAGGAAAGUUUCUGGAAGCAGUUGCUUCCAAAAAACGUUCAAGGAACAAAAAUACAAAGCAUACAGCCUGAAGAAAUAAUUUAUUUUGAAACUGAUAAAAGCAUGGUAGAAGAUCUAAGGAAUAGGAUCGAAAGGACUCUGAAGAGUAAAGUGAUGGAAUGGCGACCUAAACACCCAACACAUUGGAAUCGACAAUGUACUUUUAUUUUGCGACAAAUCCUUCCUAAGCUGGAACUUGGCAAAGGAAGCUUUGUUUCAUCUGAAGGAGAUAAUGAAUUUGAAAGAAUACUACAAUUUUAUUGGGUCACGGGAUUUCCCAUCCAGAUGCCAUACACUGAUGUACAGUCAAUUAUUGAUGCUGUCUAUCAAACUGGAAUUCACUCUGCUGAAUUUCCCCAGACAGAAUUUGCUUUAGCUGUAUACAUUCACCCAUACCCAAACAACAUACUAUCUGUGUGGGUCUAUUUGGCUUCCUUAGUUCAACAUCAAUGAAAAGAAAGCAGAGCAAAGUAAAAGAUUGUACCAUAGUCCUCUAGUACCAACAAAAACUUUUCUGGUACCUUGAGAUUUUGCUGUUUAUUCUCAAGUCCAGCUAAGUGCUGGGCCCAAUUUUUGAUUCACUUACAGAGCUGGGCACUAUGGAGACUCACACCUCUGAGCGAGUCUUUGAGGAGGAGUCUAGAUGAGCUUCUUACCAGAGACCUCUCCAGGGAGGACCUUUAGAUAGUCUGGCUUUCAGGCCGGGCGCGGUGGCUCAAGCCUGUAAUCCCAGCACUUUGGGAGGCCGAGGCGGGCGGAUCACGAGGUCAGGAGAUCGAGACCAUCCUGGCUAACACGGUGAAACCCUGUCUCUACUAAAAAUACAAAAAAUUAGCCGGGCGUGUUGGCGGGCGCCUGUAGUCCCAGCUACUCGGGAGGCUGAGGCAGGAGAAUGGCCUGAACCCGGGAGGCGGAGCUUGCAGUGAGCCGAGAUCGCGCCACUGCACUCCAGCCUGGGUGACACAGCAAGACUUCGUCUCAAAAAAAAAAAAAAAAAAAGAUAGUCUGGCUUUCUUGGGUCACUGUCUGCAGUAGGUCUUAUUCUGGGAAAGAAGCAAUUUUGGCCUCUUCUCCUAAGACCAAUGUUUCUCAAAUUGUAGAAUUCACACCACCUCCAUUUGAAUCAUCUGGAGAACCUUGUUGAAAAUGCAGAUUACUAGAUCCUCCUCAAGACCGACUGAAUCAGCACCUCUGGGAGUGAAGCUACAGACUCUGCAUUAUUUUCAACAAGCUCCCCAGAUAAUUCUGAUGCACUGUUAUGAGGGAGAGCCCAGCCUUAUAGAAUGUUGUCACUACUAAACUAAGGCUGAUACAUUUGAUACUGGGUCUGAUACAAUUCCAGAUGGAAGCUGCUCAAGUGGAAAACUAAGGUCAUUGCCUCUCGUGGAUAAAGUGUUAUUUCACUGGUAAAGAAAAAAAAAAAGAAAAUCUACCAUGUUGGGCUGAUGUUGGCUUCUGGAAGCUUCUCAAAAGUUUGCACUUGGGAUGCUACUGACAUGAAAUUCUUACAGCUCCAAGUAUUUGGAAGGCACUCCCAGGAAACUCUAAUCUAAUUUCUCCCAAUUCUAUGAGGGAGGAAAUGGUCUUGACAAAUCUCAGGACUCCUUUUUUCCUUAGUGAGCAGCCCUCAGCUCUGCCUCUGGCACUUUUUGCUGCCUUUCUUUCUUAGUAGUGGUUUAUCUAGAUCCUAAGAGCCCCUCAAGAAAGACUGGACAGGGGUCUAAGUAGGAAGCACUAUACUUUCUUCUAGUUGAUUGUUUUGUCCUUCAUUAAAAGAAAUGUGUUUAUAUAAUUUACUUACAUAUGACAAAAUAACUUAUGAAAAAGAAAUAAUCAAGGAAUAUGGAUUUCCAAAGGUUGACCAGAGCAGUUUUGUAUGAGGUAAAGAUAAGAGAACAUUCAUCUCUCCCAUUGCAGAACCACUGAGGUUUCUUGGUUCACUCCCACAAGCAGAGAGCAGAGACCCCAAAUGUGUCUGCAGGGAAUACCCAAUCUGUAUCUGUUUCCUAAAUGUGCAUGGGCUGGUGCCAGAAAAGGCCUCACUUAUUUGUGGUGGUUAGUCUUGGACCAAGCUUGAGAUUACCAGAAGAGGCAAAGUAGGGACAAGAGUGAAGGAAUGUUUUUUUCUCCCAGGUUAAAACCUAACUGUAUGUGUCUUGUGGCAUGCAUAAGAAAACUGAUCAGAAUUUUUAAUUUUAUUUGAAUGUUUUGGUUUAAAUUUAAUGUGAAAUUUUAUUAUUAAACAAGUCCUCCACUUUGAUUGAUUUAGCACAAAAUGAUGCUGAUGGAAAGAUGAGGAUGCCAAAGACAGACUGAAUUCAUGCAACUCAUUUCUGUACAGCUUUGAAUAUUUACAUAGCUAUUUUAUUAGUUGUUCAGGGUUUUUAGAAUUGAUAGGCUGCUUAAGAGUAAGGUAGUAAGUGUUCAUAGGAAAGUAUGGAGGACCUUUCUAUAUUGUAUCCUUUUUACAUGAGUGUUACUUUUUCAAUUAAAUUUUUUCCUGAAAAUCA